AUGUUUUUUCUCAUAAUUUUGUAUGCUAGACUUGUUAAUUCUGUAAAUGUUUUUACUUACACACCACCAGAUACUUUAUUUAUUCUUUCUGUCUCUUACAGAGAGCAUCCUUUCGCUCAAUUUUUUAAGGAUGUCAUUACAAAAAUUAACGCAGCAGAAUACAAAAUUGUCAUUCAGAAGAGAGCUCCAUCGUUAACUGUUUACCCGGAUGAUAUAUUGAAAAAAGAGUAUACCACAAUAUAUUCCAACGAGAUGUUAGCAUUGUUGGUUAAUUCAUAUGCGCCAUCUUCGAAAUGUCUUGUGCAGGAUAAUCUUACAUUAUUCACAGUUAUAGAAUAUUUUGAUUUCUCAAUUAUUGCAAAAAGGUCAGAAUUAUUAUCCCUGUUUAUCAGAUUUCCUUCAUUUGCCCAAUAUGAGCCUACGAUAUGCCUGAUUCCUGUUACUGACCAAGUUUACGAACAGUUUCCGAAACCAGAUUUUCUUAUUUUCAACAAGGCAAUACGUUCAUUUGAUUUUGAGGUAGGUAAUAUCAACUUUGCCUUAUAUUUCAAUGUGUCAUACCAAUAUUCUACAUUAUAUCAGCUAAAAGACUACGAUUCUUGGAUUCUCUUGUUACUAAACACAUCAUUGGUACAAACAAACGAACUGUGA